AUGGGGAGGAAAUCCAAGAAGGUAAACGCCAUCGUCGGCGCACCCGAUUUGAGAAGCCCGCAUCGGAUAGCAGCCGAUACUACGGUGCUGCUCCUUGGCUGGGCUGGUGCACAGGAUAAGCAUGUGGCCAAGCAUGCGGAAAUUUACAACAAUAAAGGGUUUAAGACGAUCAUGUUCAAUUCAGCGUUUGAUGGCAAGCAUCCGUUGUAUCUAAAGACAAGCAGAGAUAUUGAUGGGUUGGUUCCAACGUUGGACAGCGAGUUAGCUGAUCCUGGCCGCCGGCUACUCAUUCAUACAUACAGUAUGAAUGGCGUCUUCACCCUAUGCACUCUCCUAUACCACAAACGCUUCAUCGAUCUGCUGAAAAGGACUGACGGCCUGACGAUGGAUAGCGGGCCGGUGUACUUCAAAGAAGUGAGCGCGUACACGCUCGUCCUUGACGAGGAUGAUUCG